AUGUCACCUCAUCGUAAAUUAAGCAUAACAUCCAAACGACACCCUACUCAAAUCCAAGAUACAUUCCUCGGCUUGGCCCUCUCCCUCUCACCUCAGCCUACCGACAAAAAGCCCGAUGGGAGUGAUCCAGGAAGGGAGUUGGAAUAUUCCGCGGUGCUGCACGAUGGUACUGGUGUAGUCGAGUCGGAGACGUUCCACACGAGAUAUUAUUCUCAUGGUAAAGAAGGGGACGAUCUGGCAGAGGAGAAUAAGAGGAUUGGUAGAGAGGUGUUGGAGUUGAUUAGGAGUAUCCAAACUGAUAAAGGGAUGAAUGUCCGAAUGGUCGCUGUUGCUGAACCCGUUCCAAAAGAAUUCAAAGGUCAUCAAGGAGUACAGUUCUUUUCAACGUUAUGGCUGCAUGUUGAUGUGAUCCCCAUCCUCGUUAAUCCAUCUACAUCAAUCUUCACCAAACUCCCUGCUCCGUCAACUUCAGCUAGCGCUACCGCAGCUAUCAGUGCAGGUGUGAAACAUCUUCAUCCUGCAACACACUCAGCUACUACUGCCGAUGUCGAUCCGGUCGAUCACUCUGUCCAAGUAGACUGUAAUGGCCAGGUCAAACUUUGCAGCAUCUUGCAAUAUAAAGAAAGUACAAGCGAAGCUCUCUGGGACAGAUUUACUGCCCUUGCUGAUCACCUGGUCAAGAAUGACAUUUCGAUCUCUUUCUUCUCUGCUACUCCCCAAGGUGGUGGUGUCGCUCUGAUGAGACAUGCUAUGAUCAGACUCUGGAGGAUGGUUGGCUUGAAGGUCAAAUGGUACGUGCCAGAAGGACACCCAACCGUAUUCGACAUCACCAAGCGAAAGUUCCAUAACGUCCUUCAAGGUGUCGCACCGCAAGAUAUGGAUUUGACAGACGAAGAUAAGAAAUGGUUCGAACUUUGGACCGAACAGAACUACGAAUCGUUCUGGAGUAACGGCGCGAUCGACGCCUCUAUCAUCGUCAUUGAUGAUCCCCAACUCACCGCCCUUAUUCCCAUUAUCAAGAAGAAACGACCAGAUGCUAAGAUCAUCUUCAGAUCUCAUAUACAAAUCCAAUCUGAUUUGACGGAUGAUCCUCAAACGAUGCAACAUCGAACAUGGAAUUACUUGUUCAACUUUAUCAAGGACGUUGAUCUGUUCUUGGCUCACCCCGUCAAAUUCUUUGUUCCCAAGAAUGUUCAUGAGACCUUACCCGUACUCUAUAUGGCUCCUUCGACCGACCCCCUCGAUGGUCUCAACAAGCCAUACGGUCGAGCUUCUGUGAGGUACUUCCGACAGUACUUCAAUCAACUCUCACUUCAACAAUGUGGUGUACAUAUCGAUUGGGAUAGGGGAUAUGUCUGUCAAAUUGCACGAUUUGACCCUUCCAAGGGUAUCGACGACCUCCUCGCUGCCUACCUUCAAUUCCGAAAGAAGCUCGAAAACUCUGCCAAACCACCCGUCGACGGUGGUCCUCAAUUGAUCAUCAUGGGUCAUGGAAGUGUCGACGAUCCUGAUGGAUCAUGGAUAUACGAGAAGCUUCACGAUACUCUCGGUACCAAAGAGUAUGCCCUGGUCAGAGAUGACGUAGCUGUCGUUCGAGCUCCCCCUAGUGAUUCGAUCUUAGGAUGUAUCCUUCAAGGAGCAUGGGUCGCUACGCAAUUAUCAACUAGGGAAGGAUUUGAAGUGAAAGUGACUGAAGCUGUUAACAAGAGAGUACCGAUCAUAGCCUCCGACGCAGGUGGUAUACCAUUACAGGUGAAACAUGGAAAGAAUGGAUGGAUAGUACCUACUGGAGAUAGAUCAGCAGUAGCGAAUCUGUUAUAUGACAUCUGGGAAGGGAAAGUAUCUGUUCAUCGAGAUUUAUCUGGAGCCAACAGGGAUCUUGAUGGAAAGACUGAUCCGAACUCUAUCGCACAAGCUUGGGUGGGAGAUUUCGAUAAAGAAGCUCAAAAGGUACAUGCCGACGAAGGUGCUACAUCGGAAGAUUUCUGGACGGUUGGAAAUUCGACGAGAUGGAUGUUGUUAUUCGAUCGAUUGUUAGGUCUAUCUCCUGAAGAUAAUGUUUCUCAAUCACCCAACGCCAACGGUAAGGAGACGACAUUAGGUAAAGAAGGAGAAUUUGGGAAAGUGAAAAUAACAGAAAAACAAGUUGGUUUAUUGAAAUCCAUGGAAGUAGGGAAGAAAUUGAAUGAUAAAGGGAUAGAUGGAGUUAAUGUUUGGGAGAUGGUCAUGGGUCAAGAUAUGAUAAAAGGUGAAGGUGAAUUGAUUUAA